UCAUACACACACGCACAUGCAUGCAUGUGUACACGCAUAUGUAAGUAUCAUCUCAGGUACGUGGAUUCAAAAUUCUGAUGCAAACAAGAAUAAUCACAAAACAGGGUAGGGUGUCAACAAGUGAGAAUUGAGAUGGAUGUUCUGGAAUGUUCCAGGGACAAUACAGGGGGAGGGCUGCACAUCACAUAAACAUCUUACCCAUUUUAAAUGCAACCAUUCCUGCCAACAUUGGCCUGGAUUAAGAUGAUUUCAUUUACAUAAGGAACAGAACAUAUAAUACUUGUUCUAAUGAGAUUCUCUAAUCAUUAGGUUAUUUUCACAAUUUUAAGUAAUCACUAAAUAACUUCCUCUCAAGGGUCUAAAAAUAAAAAUAAGAUAACAAAAGAAGGUCACAGUCCUGACAGCUUUAUCAUGCAAAUCACGGCUGUGAAAAUAAAGCAUGUUUUUGAGACUAUGCCCUCCUCAAAUAUCCUUCAUGGAAUUUUGUACCAGUGAUGGCUGGUAAUUAAUUGUUAUACCAGGUGGAAAAGUAUAUCAUUUAGGGUAUAUGAAGUAAACAUGUAAAGAGAAAUGACCACACACACCUGAAACCAGGUCUCAUUUCAAAACUGUUUCCUACCUUGGAUUUGCUUAAUUUACUUCAUGAGGUGCCUCGAGGAGAGGAAGCAGAGCUGGGAUCUGCCCCGAGGCCGCUUCGGGAAGAACUGGGUGGGCACCAAGCCCCUCAGACCGAGGGCUCCGCUACGUGGCUAUGACCCCAUCCCUGCGGCUCCCUGAGCGUGUGUCCCUGUGUGUCACACAAACCCCUGCCACACAGGGGACACACACCACACGCCUGACACAGGUUCACCACACAGGGAACGAUCAGUAAGUGACGACUAGAGAGAAGCGACGGCCUCCAGCGUGGACGGAGAAAACAGGACACAGACACACAGACACAGGAAACGCCACAGAUCCACAGAUGGAGAAAACACCACAGACGCACGGACAGAGGAAACAGGCCACAGACGCACGGACAGAGGAAACGCCACAGAUCCACAGAUGGAGAAAACGCCACAGACGCACGGACAGAGGAAACAGGCCACAGACGCACGGACAGAGGAAACGCCACAGAUCCACAGAUGGAGAAAACGGCACAGACGCACGGACAGAGGCAACAGGCCACAGACGCACGGACAGAGGAAACAGGCCACAGACGCACGGACAGAGGCAACAGGCCACAGACGCACGGACGGAGGAAACAGGCCACAGACGCACGGACGGAGGAAACAGGCCACAGACGCACGGACGGAGGAAACGCCACAGACGCACGGACGGAGGAAACGUCACAGACGCACGGACGGAGGAAAUGCCACAGACGCACGGAUGGAAGAAACGCCACAGACGCACGGACAGAGGAAACGUCACAGACGCACGGACGGAGGAAACAGGCCACAGACGCACGGACGGAGGAAACGUCACAGACGCACGGACGGAGGAAAUGCCACAGACGCACGGACGGAAGAAACGCCACAGACGCAUGGAAGGAGGAAACGCGCCACAGAGGCACGCACAGAGAAAACAGGCCACAGACGCACAGAUGGAGGAAACAGGCCAGAGACGCACGCACGCCAGUGUGGAACAUCGGACAGGAACGUCCCGGCCAUGCACCGUCCACUCCCACUAGGGACUCCGACCCCAGAGCACCCAGGAUGGCUGUGGAGCUCCCGCCACCCGCCCCAGAGGCGAAGCUGGGGAGCCAGAGAUGAGCAGGAUCACGUCCAUCAAAUGUGGCUGCAAUCCCUGUAAUAACUGGAGGUCACCAUUAAACAGAAGGGCACUUCACUUGGAAUAAAAGCACUCUGCAUAAAAGAACUAAAGAUUGGCUGGCGACCGCCUAGAAACCGUCACGAUCAUUCUUGUGAGUGACAGCGAAGCUUCAAGAGUGGUCACUUUUCCUGUAGAAACGCCACAGAGGUGAUUCCUGGAACUCAUUUAGAAUAUUUCUUUCCCAGAAACCACACAACCAAGAAUUUAAUAGUGCUGUCUCUUGACCAGAAAGAGUAAGAUUUCUGAUGAAACCAAACCCUAUCCAGCCUCCUGAUUCUAGAAGGUGCUAUACAGAAAAGCUAACUUAGAGGGGUUGCAUUUCUUUUGUCAUCCAUGACACACAUAAAAAAAAUUUAAAUGUACAAAAAAUGUAGGAAUUAUACAGUGAAUACCCAUGUAUCUACCCCCUGGAUCACAGAUUAGAUUUUAAAUAUAAAGUUCUAAAGGUUCCCAGCUAAGGAUAUGUGCAGUGUAAGCCUCUACCUGGUUAGAACCAAGGGGAAUGGAAUGAGCUUUCCCCGGCCUUGCUGCUCAGCUGGGAGGGGCUGCCACAGCUCAGCCACCCCACCCCAGGGCACCCAGGAUGGCUGUGGAGCUCCUGCCACACACCCCAGAGGUGAGGCUGGAUCCCCAAUCUUGGUGUUAAGAGUGAGCCAGCCUUUAGAGGCCACGUGGUCUAUACUUGAAUAGAAAUGUUCCAGGAAUCCAGAGAUUCCAAUGCAUGCGAUGAAUUCCUAACCAUUUGAAACCCAGUCUCCUCAUCUGUACAAAGAGAACAAUGCUGUCUCCUGGGAAAGCAUUUCAGAAGGAUGAAAAAGGAUCCACAUGAGAGCAGCUGAAAACGACAAGGCACCCUGCAAUUAUAAGAUUUUUUCUAUAUCUUUGUUUCAAGGAAUGUCAGCAUUCUCAAUAUUGCUCUUCAUCCCAAAUCACCUUUCAAGAGCAAAUCAUAAGAAUCAAAACUAUCAGCAGAAUCCCUACCAGCUCAGUUGCCGUGUGCUUCUUCUCCCUGCAUGAGAAUUCCUGCAGAAGAUGAGGCCAUCCAAGAAUGGCUCCCAGCCAUCAUGUGCCCAUACUCCUUCCCCAGGGAGCCACUCCUGUACUCAUGGGGCAUGGGAAACCUGUAUAACGCCACCAGAACGUCCCUGUUUGACUUACACACUUCCCAGAAGGGCUGAUUUUAUCCAGAAUCCUAACUGUGUCAAACAAUAAACCUAACAAAUCGUCAAGAAAACAACGAAAUGCAAGGCCAUCUCCUGCCCCGGGUGCAUGGCUACUAGGGGAGAAAUAGAAAAUGAGACAUGAAAGGAAACUUUUAAGAUAUUCAGGCCAUCACUGGAGGAUUCCAGGAACCCAUUACAGAUCAUUGCUGUUCCUAAUAACAGGAAAGAAAUUCUAAAAUUCCAACAGGCAUGGUGAGUCCCUUGCUUGUAUGGAAAUCAAAAUAAUAAUCCACCACUAUCUUCAAAGAGACAAAAGAAAAACUCUACUUCCUUUUCAUAUUAAUUUGUGUACAAGUAACUAAGUGAGAAAAUCUUAAUGUCUGGACUGUGAUAUCAACAGCAAAAUAACCCCAAGCACCCCAAUUAAAAGAUAUAGACUGGCUGAGUGGAUUUAAAAAAAGAAAAACCAACUAUAUGCUGCCUACAAAAAACUCACUUCAGCUGUAAAGACACACAUAGACUAAACAUGAAGGAUGGAAAAACAUGUUCCACAUUAAUGGAAAUCAAAAGUGAGCAAGAGCAGCUAUAUUUAUUUCAGAUCAAUCACAAUUUAAGUCAAAAACUGUAAAAAGGAGACAAAAAGGUAAUUAUAUAAUGAUAAAGAGACCAACACAGCAAGAGGACAUAACAAU